GCUACUUGCUGAUUUUAAACUACGGUUUCGUCCAUUGUUUAUUGCGAAACCUUUCAAAAGUUACGUAUUCACCACGACGACUCGGCGUUGUAGACACCAAUCUUUUUGCUGCACAGACAACAGUGGCAUACAUCAACUUGAUCGCCGAUAGCUCACCUAGCUGCAAAUGGCAGCCUCAUUACAGCCGGCUGCUAGAGGUCAGCUCCAUUCGGCGGCCUUCAUGAGCAAGCCACGCGUAGCGACUCCUUUACCCACAGUCCCUACAUACCACAACACCAGGAAGACAAAUUGCUGCAGCUCGCAUGUUGGUAAGCCCCGUCGCGGGCUACCGCGGCUUGCAUCGGCCGCUACAACGCCCCCAUCCGGCUCCCAGCGGCCUCAUAAGCAGCCGCAGCAGCCGGAGCCCUCAAAAGACGAUGAGCCAUCGACCUCCGGCGCUUCCCUUGAGUCAAUUAGCUCCGACGCACGAGGACCUCAGCAACGACCUCGUGCGCAUUGGCUGGUACAAUUCCUGCAACAAAUGAACGCCCCCGACUGGCUCAUUUCUUUUGUGGGCAACUUUGUCGUGCCACCACCCUCCUCUCGUACGGCACACAUAGCGAAGGCCUUGUGGAUUGUCGUUGGCUUCCUAGUUGUAGCUCUGGGCCGGGGCCUGUUCUUCCAGUCGACGACUCCCAAGCCUCGUGAGCUCUACUACUCGGACUUCAUCACGCUGCUAGACAGCGGCCGGGUGCGUUCCGCGCGACUGGAGGCCGGCACCUGCAGACUCUACUUUGACAUCAACCUCCCAGCAACACAACAACAACAACAACAACCGCAGCAGCCGCAGCUGGUUGGCUCCGCCUCAGCAGCAGCCACGGCAGCAGGCGCAGCGGCAAGCGUCGCCUCCUUCGCUCCCGCACCCGCCCAGUCCCAAGCCGCAGCAGCCUCCCAGCAGCAGCAGCAGGCGCAGCAGCAGCAGCGGCUGCGCUUUCAAAAGCAGUUUUUCGUGAAGCUCGCGGAGAAAAACGACCCAUUGCUUGUAGCCCGCUUGCUGCAGGCGGGUGUGGAGUUCAGCAUCCUUCGCGCCUCGCUGCGCGCCAUGGCCGCCAACACGCUGCUGACCAGCCUGGCGCUGUGGCUGCCGCUGGCGCCCAUGCUGGUCUUCCUGAGGAGGAUGAUUGACCAGCGGCAGGGGGCGGGCCGAGCCAAGAAAUCCUCCUCCUCCGCCUCCGCCCCUCGCACCACCUUUGCUGACGUGGCGGGGGUGGAUGCGGCUAAGCGGGAGCUGCUGGAGGUGGUGGCAGUCAUGAGGCAGAGCAAGGCUGCCUACUCAAAACUCAAGGUCAAGAUGCCCUCGGGUGUGCUGCUGUGUGGGCCGCCGGGCACCGGGAAGACCCUGCUGGCCAAGGCGGUUGCUGGCGAGGCGGGUGUUCCCUUCUUCGCGGUGUCAGCCUCGGAGUUCGUGGAGCUGUUCGUGGGGCGGGGGGCGGCCCGCAUUCGGGAGUUGUUCGGGGAGGCGCGCAAGGCGGCGCCGUGCGUGGUGUUUAUUGACGAGUUAGACGCAGUGGGCAGUCGUCGCGGCAUGGGGCACAACGACGAGCGGGACCAGACGUUGAACCAGCUGCUGACGGAGCUGGAUGGCUUUGACGGGAGGCAGGGCGUCCUCUUCCUCGCAGCCACGAACCGCAUCGACGUCCUGGACCCCGCCCUGCUUCGUCCCGGCCGCAUCAACCGAAAGGUUGUCGUACCGUUACCCGACACGCCUGGACGAGCAGAAAUCCUUGCCGUACACUUGCGUGGCGUGCCGCUGGAGGCGGGGCUCGAACCGGGGGCCACGUGUCGGGUGGUUGCGGGGGCAACUGCCGGGUUUUCGGGUGCUGAGUUGGCGAAUGUGGUGAAUGAGGCGUCGCUGCUGGCGGCGAGGGAGAGCCGGGAGGAGGUGGGGUUGGCAGACCUGCUGGCGGGGGCGCAGCGGACGAAGUUCGGGGUCAACGGCCGAGACGGCGAGAGUGCCUUCAGCGGUGCCCUGUCGCAGCGGCUGCAGCGGUGGCUGCUGGAGCUGGCGGCGGCGGGGGAGCGGCGGCCGGUCAAGGUGGG